CAACGUCUUAGGCCCCCCGAUUCUUCGUCGCCAGCGGCUAUUCACUCUUUUUCAACAACAAAUUUACGAUUGGCAUACAAAAGAAGCCACCCUUCCUUAACCACCAACUCUCACGUCAUUUUCCCACUUUAACACAUCAACUAUGGACGCCGCCAAAGAUUUCCUCCGGCGCCGGAUCGCCGGCCCAGACUCAGCCAUUCCGACCUCGACACUCUUCCAGCGCGCAAGUGCCGCUCAUGCAGAGACCGAAGCCUCUUCUACCAUCGCCCCUUACCACGACUCACUCAAUGGCGUCAACCAGCCCAUGAACCUGCUAUUUAAGGAUAUUCUGUGGUGGACCCUGGGCAUCGCUGCCAUGUUUGUUCUCGCGGUACGCAUCUUCGAGAUCAUGUGGGCAAGACUUCGCCAAGUGUCUGCCAUGUCCGUCGCCGGAGAGAAGCAAGGGUACUGGCGAAUUGCGCAGUGGAGCUGGAUGCCGGGCAUGAAGAAGCACCUCAUCUAUGCGCCGCUCUGGAACAAACGUCACAACCGAGAAUUCCGCCUAUCUUCGGCCAUCAGCAUCGGCACUCUCCCUUCGCGCCUCCACUCCAUCAUUCUCUUCAUCUACCUUGGCAGCAACUUUGCCUAUAUGUUCGUCCUGAACUGGCAAAACAAGAACCGCUACGAGUUUUGUGCAGAGCUGCGAGGUCGCUCGGGCACUCUGUCCCUGGUGAACAUGGUACCCUUGAUCAUCUUCGCUGGACGCAACAACCCUCUCAUCGGCCUCCUGAAGAUCAGCUUCGACACCUACAACCUCCUGCACCGAUGGAUGGGCCGUAUUGUGGUCCUAGAGGCUCUAAUCCACACCAUCGCAUGGGCCAUCGUUUGUGUGGCUGAUAUUGGUUGGAAGGGUGUCGGCAAUCAGAUCGUUCAGAAGCUCUUCAUCGGAUCUGGCAUGGUUGGUACUGUCGCUAUGGUGCUUCUCAUGCUGCUCUCCGUCUCGCCCCUUCGACACGCAUUCUACGAGACCUUCCUCAACGUCCAUAUCGUGCUGGCGUUUGUCUCCUUCAUCGCCACCUGGGUUCACUGCGCAUCCUCCGAGCUUGCUGGUGGUCUUCCUCAGCUCCCCUGGAUCAUGGCCAUCAUGGCCCUUUGGUUCGCUGACCGUUUCGCUCGCAUGUUCCGAAUCCUCUACGCCAACUGGUCUUCCGAUGGCUUCACUGAAGCCAUCUGUGAGCCCUUGCCCGGUGAGGUCACCCGCGUCACCCUCAACCUCCCCAAAUAUGUGGACAUCGAGCCCGGCACGCACGCAUACCUUCGCUUCUGGGGUAUCAACGCGUGGGAGAACCAUCCCUUCUCCAUCUGCUGGGUGAACCACACCUCCGAUAGCUCCUUACCUGUCCUCGAAAAGGAACCCCUUCACACUAUGGACAAAUCGACAAUGAAGACGUCAGUUGCUUUCCUCAUCGGCGCCCAAACCGGCAUGACUCGCAAGCUGUUCGAGCGUGCGUCCAACUCCCGCCGGCCUCUGCGUAUGAAGGCCGCCAUGGAAGGCCCGUACGCUGGUCACCACAGUCUUGACUCCUAUGGUCACACUGUCCUGUUUGCCGGUUCGACUGGAAUCACACAUCAGAUUUCCUACAUUCGCCACCUCCUGGAGGGAUACAAUGAAGGAACUGUUGCCACUCGCCGAAUCACGCUCGUCUGGAUCAUUCGCGAGUAUGAAUCGCUCGAAUGGGUCCGACCGUACAUGGACACCAUCCUUCGAAUCCCGAACCGCAAAGAUGUCCUUCGCAUUCAGAUCUUCAUCACUCGACCCCAGAACCCUCGUGACAUUGUUAGUGCCAGCACGACGGUGCGCAUGUUCCCUGGACGGCCAAAUGUCCCGCUUCUUCUCCAGAAGGAAGUGCAAGAGCAGAAGGGUGCCAUGUGCGUUACUGUCUGUGGCCCUGGCGCCCUGGCAGAUGACGUUCGAGGAGCGGUCCGAUCGGUGCAAGGAAACACAGUGGUAGACUUUGUGGAGGAGAGCUUUACGUGGUAACCGUUGCAUCAUAGCAAACGAUAGUCGGCUUUUUUGGGGGAACUUUUUUCGACAUGUAAAUAUU